AUGAGGGAUGGUACUUUUGUUGUGCAAAUUGAAGCCGAAGACACGAAGGAACAGGAGAUCUAUUGGAGUACAACUUUGAUUGGGUUUGUGCUAGGUGAUAACCCUUAUGAGAAAGCAAUGAACAACUACGUCACAAAUGUGUGGAAUUUUGUUGAAAAGCCUCAAAUUCUGUAUCAUGAGGAUGGAUACUAUAUCUUUAGAUUUGAAAAUACUGAAGAUAGGGACCUAGUACUCCAAGCUGGACCUUAUACAUAUCACAAUAAGCCUUUUGUUCUGCAACAAUGGGAAAUGGAUUUCAAUUUCGAUCCAGGGAGUGUGAGUGUGAUACCCUUGCGGAUCACAUUUCCAAGUCUACCCCUGGGGUUUUGGUCUACGGAAGCACUCAGUAAACUGGCUAGUGUUGUUGGGAAGCCUUUGUACGCAAAUAAAAUCACUGCUGAAAUGGAGAAGGUGUCUUAUGCAAGAGUGUUGGUGGAAACUGACAUAUCCCAACCACUACCAGAUAGUUUUGAAAUGCAAACUAAGAGGGGAGUAAUAGUUCAGCAAAUUGAAUAUGAAUGGAAGCCGAAGUUCUAUUGUGAUUGCAUUAGAUUUGGGUAUAAUUCAAACGAAUGUUGGCUCAAGGAGAAGCAGGAAAAGGCAGUGGAAGUAAAGGCUCAACCAAAGGAAGCCUGGAAUAGGAAGCAAUAG